AUGCUGCAGGCUAGCCCCUUGAGCGCAGUGCGCGCCUGCCUGCGGUCGACCGCACCUGCUGCCCAACCAGCGAGCGGUCCACGGCCGCCCUUCGCCCGGUCGUUCGCCUCGACUCGCCCACGGCUCGCAGCUCCCGCCGUCUCGGCCGAUGUGGACCACUACGGCGUCCUCGGCGUCCACAAGGAGGCGACCCGCAAGCAGAUCAAGGACAAGUUCUACGAGCUCUCGCGCAAGCACCACCCAGAUGCGCCCUCGACCUCGUCCGAGACGCCCGAACAGCGCACCGAGCGCUUCCAGCAGCUCUCGCAGUCCUACAGCGUCCUGUCCGACCCGUCGACCCGCCGCUCGUACGACCUCGCCCGCACUGGGUCGGCCGUUCCUCCUCACCGUCGGCGGCCAGGCCACCCGGGCUACACGGCCGCGUCCGGCGGCAUGGGCUACAGCGGCGCCGAGGGCCGGGCCGACGGCGCGUGGACCGACAACGACGAGCGGCGCACGCGCGCCAACUAUGCGUGGCAGCACCCGUCGCGGUCCGGGUUCAAGUCGGCGGGCGAGGCGGCCGGCGGGCAGGCCCAGGCGCGCACCGACCCGUUCGCGUCGCGCCGCUCGAGGGCGACCCAGUCCGGCAGCGCGACGGACCACUUUGCGACGUACGCGGCGCGCCAGAGUGCGCGUGCGGCGCAGCAGGCGACGAUGGGCGGCGCGGCGGGCGCUGGCGGGAGCCACUAUCGGGCGGGGACGUCAGUGUUCGGCGCGGCCAAGGCCGAGGAGGAGAGCCGGCUCAUCAACGACAGCUCGACGAUGCGCAGUGGUCAGGUCGCGUUCGUCUUCCUCACCGUCUUCUUCAUCGCCUACUCUUUCUCGCACCGCAAAGACAAGGAGGACCGGAUUCGGCGGUAGACUACACGCUUAGAUGCUGCAACGCAAGCGCAGACCCGUCAUUCGAGCC